AUGACGAAGGAGAUAUCUGCUUUAGAUCACAAUUAUUCUCUUCACAAUAAACUAGAUAUAAUUGUUGGAGUUGUGGCCAAAGCAGUUGAGUUGUAUUCUUCUUUGGGGGUGAAACUGGAUUUGAAAGUAGAGGUUGAUGCUAAGAGUUUUGGGAAUGUUGAAAAAUUACUACGAGAGUUAAAGUAUAUUUUUUCUAAGUAUGAUCUUUCAAAGUCUUCGGUUGUUUCUCCUGACUCGUUCACUGAAAAGUUAUGUAUGUUAGAGUCAAUAAUUCAAAAAGAAUUGGCCCCACUUGCGAAAUUUGAAAAUUUUAUGCCAAUAAAUUCCCCGCCUGUGUGCACAGGGGUGCAAGGGGGAGAAAGGCAAAAUGUUAGCAGUGGGAGUGGAAAUAAAGGCGAAGGGGUUAUGGAAAUUUUGUUGGUGAUGCGAGAAUGGUUAGCAGAGUCUUGA